GAUAUAUAUAAUACAUGGUAGAUGAGCAAUUUGCAGAUGCGGUUGCAUUGGCCAUUCAAUUGGAAGAAAAAGGACAGAUAAAGGAAGCUUACUUUUCUUUUACUGCCACAAGUCAAUUGGCCAUUACUGCAUUAAACGAAAUUAAAUUUGUACAUUCUUCCAUUAUUUCUAGCCCGAAACAAUAUCUUGCGCUUUUAUCCUCAAUAAGAACAUGCUUGAACCAUGUUGAAACCAUCAUAACCAGUCAUUCACCAGUGACUCGACAUACAACAGGAGUCGACACCAAAGCUCCACCUCCGCCCGUGCCACCCAAACCCAGCCGUAUGCAAAAACCUGCUGUGCCUCCCAAACCGAAACAACAGCAUGAUGAAUUGCUGGACAAUUCAGCAAACGUGAUCAAACCACGUGUUUUCGACCGACCCAGUAGUUUACCGCCUAUUCAACAAUCCCAUUUAUCCCGAGUAUCAAGGCAUCGCCCUUACACAGAAUUCCCUGAAAAUGAAAGUACACUGCAUAUCGUGGCAGAAGGAGAGAUUGACCCAGAUUAUCUAGUGCCUGCUCAAACCACUGCAGGUGAUAGUUUAGCCCCGUCCUCUUCCACCAUGAACAAUGAUCAUAUUCCUCUCAUUCCUGCUCCUCCUUUAUUAACCACACAUCGACUUUUACAAUCCAAACUAGACGACAUUGAGGAAAAGAUAAAGGAAUGCCGUCAUCGUAAACAACUACUGCAGACAGAGGGACAUCAAUUGGACACCUUGACAGAGGAAGGAUUGGACCAAAUGAUUGCGCAAUACCAAGGCUUGACAGCCGACCUGAAAAGUAACCUGAAUAGUGUACGUACCCUAUACAUGAAUGCUGCUACCAUACCUACCGUCCUACAAUUUGGUGCUCAUGUUAUUGCCUAUCAAAUCACCUUGAUUGAAGCUGCCAUAUUUGAUGCUAUACCCCCUUUAGCUUUACUAGAACAUUCGUCAAAGCACCCGCAUCCACGUAUUGUGGCCUCCACCGAUUUCUUUAAUUAUAUCACUCGAUGCAUUGAACACGCCAUUUUAUUACCACAAGAGGCUUCCACACGAGCUCAAUUAAUUCAUUAUUGGAUUAAAGUCGCUUCACGUUGUUUCGAUGUCAAUAAUUAUCAGACCUUGAAAGCCAUUGUCUCUGCCUUAAGUACCCCACCCGUGCAAAGACUGAAACGUACAUGGGCAUAUACACCAAAAAAGAGUUUGACCAAGUUAGAAGCAUUAAACGAUCUCAUGUCGGAAGCCAAUAAUUAUGGACAAUACAGAGAGCAUAUGGGUAUGGUAAGUACGACGGUGGUGAAUGGUAAAUCCGUGCAAAUGAUUCGAGAAGAGCAUUAUGCCAGACCCACCGUGCCCUUCCUUGGCACCUUUAUCCUGGAUAUUACUUAUUUAUUAGCUGCGUUUAAAUCCAGUCCCAAUGCAGCACAUAUGGCGCCAGAAAACGAACCCCGAAUCCAUGAAGUCUUGCAUACCCUUUCCCGAUUUCAAAAUGGGCCACGGUACACUCCCUCUUUACCUACCAGUUUCCUGAAAUCUUCUCAAAAGCAUCAUUUCAGGCCUGCCAUUUCUAAUGCUCUACAUCGUGGUGCGUCACGUAUACAACGUAUCAGUAGUGGUAAUAUUUUUGGUUUUGAUUCCAACGCUACCAUGAGUUCAAGUGCGUCUAAUCUCAGUUCGAUGAAUGAACGUGCGGAAGAGGAAGAGGAUGGAAAUUUGGAUGAGCAGCAAAAGAUGGCUACUCAAUAUAUUUUGAUGCGGUCCUGGGUUAGUCAGAAUACAGUGGAUGAACUCAGUCAUCUACGCGAGCCACCACUGGCCAAACCCAACGGCUAUGGACCUCGCAGCAGCAGUAGUGGUCCUACCAGUAUGAACAGAUCAAGUUCUGUCUUUAGUAACAGUAGCUCCAAUGUCAGAUUCAGUACGGGCUCUGUCUCCAUCAAUACCGAUAGUCGACCUGCCAGUGUGGAGGAUGAGGAAGAAGAGCGUAAGCGACAACAGAAUGGGAUCUUUUCAUUUAAACGCAGUGAUUCUCAACGUCCCUUAACGAUUCAUGAAGGUUCGGGAUUAUCGCAGGAACAAGAUCAUUUCCAUUUGGCUGAUGAUGACGAAAAGCCAUACCAUACACCUCCCGUUGUACCUCCUCGUCCCAAACCUACUCUACAGAACGAUGAACUAAAAGCUGCUUUAGCCCAACGAUUAGCUAAAGUCAAUCAAAAUAAAUAAAAAAACAAAUAAAAAAUAUAUGGG